CCCAUACCAUUUUAAAAUUUUCAUUCCACCUGACCAAUCAGAAAUCAAAUCCCGACUCCCUCCGCUGACUGUGACAAACCACUCAGUACUGCACACUGGCCUCUUAAUCGCCGCCGGUGACGGUCUCCGUUCACGCCAUGAAGCCUCCACGUCUUCUUUCACAGAUCCUUCUUCUCAUCCUUCUGGCAGUUCCCGCCUUCUCAUGGAAGAAAGAAGAAUUCCGGAAUUGCAAUCAGACUCCCUUCUGUAAACGCGCCCGUUCGCGCAUGCCUGGAACCUGUAAUCUACGCGCAUCAGAUGUCUCCAUUUCCGACGGAGAUCUCGUCGCCAAGCUCAUUCCGAAAGAAGCGAGCUCAGAGAACGAAGAUCCAGUCAAGCCGCUACUUCUGUCCAUCUCAGCGUAUCAAGAUGGCAUAAUGAGGUUGAAGAUCAACGAGGACCCAACUUUGGACCCGCCUAAGAAGAGAUUCGAAGUUCCAGACGUUAUAGUGGAUGAGUUUCCGAGCAAAAGGCUUUGGUUACAGAGAAUCAAGGAGGAGAGGAUCAACGGAGAUUCAGCUGUUUCAUCUGUGGUUUACUUGUCCGAUGGGUAUGAGGGGGUGCUUAGGCACGAUCCUUUCGAGGUUUUUGUAAGAGAGAAGGGUAGUGGGAAGAGAGUACUUUCCAUAAACUCAAACGGAUUGUUUGAUUUCGAGCAACUGAGGAAGAAGCAGGAAGGGGAAGAAUGGGAGGAAAGGUUUCGAAGCCACACUGAUGCAAGACCGCACGGACCUCAAUCCAUCAGUUUUGAUGUUUCAUUUUAUGGAGCAGAUCAUGUUUAUGGCAUUCCUGAGCACGCUACAAGUCUUGCUCUGAAGCCCACCAGAGGUCCUGAAGUAGAUGAGUCCUCCGAACCAUACAGGCUCUUCAAUCUGGAUGUAUUUGAGUUCAUCUCAGAUUCUCCAUUUGGACUUUAUGGAUCGAUCCCCUUCAUGAUUUCACACGGGAAAGCUCGAGGAAGUUCAGGAUUCUUCUGGCUUAAUGCAGCAGAGAUGCAGAUUGAUGUAUUGAGCUCUGGUUGGAAUUCAAAUGAAUCUUCAAACCUUGUUCUUCCAUCCGACAAGGAAAGGAUUGAUACCUUUUGGAUGAGUGAGGCCGGUGUUAUGGAUGCUUUCUUUUUUACAGGUCCAGGGCCUAAAGACGUUGUUAGGCAGUAUAGUAGUGUGACAGGAACAUCCUCAAUGCCCCAGAUGUUUGCUAUAGCUUAUCAUCAAUGCAGAUGGAAUUACAGGGACGAGGAGGAUGUUUAUAAUGUUGAUUCAAAAUUCGAUGAACAUGAUAUCCCCUAUGAUGUUUUGUGGCUUGAUAUCGAGCACACGGAUGGGAAAAGGUACUUUACAUGGGACAGGGUGUUAUUUCCCAACCCGGAAGAGAUGCAGAUGAAGUUGGCUUCAAAAGGAAGACACAUGGUUACUAUUGUGGACCCUCAUAUAAAGAGGGACGAGUCAUACUAUAUUCACAAAGAGGCUUCUGAGAAAGGGUAUUAUGUCAAGGAUGGUACGGGUAAGGAUUAUGAUGGCUGGUGCUGGCCCGGUUCAUCGUCUUACAUUGACGUACUGAAUCCAGAGGUGAGAUCAUGGUGGGGCGAUAAGUAUUCUCUUGAGAACUAUGUUGGUUCAACCCCAUACUUGUAUGUCUGGAAUGACAUGAACGAGCCUUCUGUCUUUAAUGGUCCAGAGGUCAGCAUGCCAAGAGAUUUAAUACAUCUUGGAGGUUUUGAGCACAGGGAGAUGCACAAUGUAUAUGGUUUAUACUUUCACAUGGCAACUGCUGAUGGACUUCUUAAGCGAGGGGAUGGGAAAGAUAGACCUUUUGUAUUGUCAAGGGCCCAUUUUGCCGGAAGUCAAAGAUAUGGAGCCGUUUGGACGGGAGAUAAUUCAGCUGACUGGGAUCAAUUAAGGGUUUCUGUUCCAAUGAUUUUAACUCAUGGAUUAACUGGAAUGGCAUUCACAGGUGCUGAUGUUGGUGGAUUUUUUGGCAAUCCGGAGCCUGAGCUGUUAGUCCGAUGGUAUCAAUUAGGUGCCUACUAUCCAUUCUUUAGAGGCCACGCCCACCAUGACACCAAGAGACGAGAACCAUGGCUAUUUGGAGAACGAAACACUGAACUUAUCAGGGACGCGAUACACGUUCGCUAUAUGUAUCUCCCUUAUUUCUACACACUUUUUAGAGAGGCAAACACCAGUGGCAUUCCAGUUGCACGUCCCCUCUGGAUGGAGUUCCCAGACGAUGAAAAAACUUUCACCAGUGAUGAUGCAUUGAUGAUUGGAAGUAGCCUUCUUGUCCAAGGAAUUUUCACCGAGAAAGCCAAGCAUGUAUCAGUGUAUCUUCCUGGGGAUGAGUCAUGGUAUGACAUUAGAAGUGGAACUGCAUAUAAAGGGGGUCUGACCCACAAACUUGAGGCUCUUGAAGAGACAAUACCAGCUUUCCAAAGGGCCGGAACCAUCAUACCUAGGAAAGAUCGCUUUCGUAGAAGUUCCACGCAGAUGGAGAAUGACCCUUAUACCCUGGUCAUUGCUCUUAAUAGUUCCCAGGCUGCUGAAGGAGAGAUCUACAUUGAUGAUGGGAGGAGCUUUGAUUUCCAAGAAGGGGCCUACAUCCAUCGCCGGUUCGUUUACUCCAGGGGGACUCUAACAUCUUUGGAUCUGUCCCCAUCCUCUGUCAGUAAAAAGUUUUCAUCAGACUGCACAGUGGAGAGGAUAAUCUUGUUAGGAUUAUCUGCUGGUCCAAAAACUGCCCUUGUUGAGCCUGGGGAUAAGAAACUACAAGUUGAAAGUGGGCCACUUCUUCUCCGUGCUGGCCCACCAUCAUCUGUCGUCACUGUCCGCAAGCCCAAUGUGAGAGUAGCCGAUGAUUGGUUGAUUAAAAUCUUGUAAGCUAUAGAAUACACUGAACUUCUUGGUGGUGUCAUGGUGAAUGAUGGACGAAGGGCAAUUAGGUCAGUUGACACUUGACACUCUUGUUUGCCUCAUCUUUCUUUCAUCAUGCAGCUGCUGGAUUAGUACAGUAAUUCCCACAGAUGGUUAUUACACUAAUUUUUUACACUUGGUCAAGAAGUUGUGGGUGAUGAUGAUAGAAAUGCAGAGAUUGAGUAAUGCUUCUUCAUAAUAGGAAGUUCUUUUUGUUUUGUUGUGCUUUGAGAUUUAAAUAUUUUUCUGGUGAGUUAAAAAAAAGCAUGAUUCCGGAGCUUCUUUGGUGUCUCUUUGUUUACUGAAAUGACCUGUUGAGCAAAAUUUGUUUUAGAAUACCUAACCUAACUUCAUAUUAUUAUUAUUGAAGAGGUCUUCAUUAAUUGAUUACUUAAAGGAUG